AUGGCGACCGAAGGAUCCACAAACCCUUAUGGAGGAAUAAAGAAGAAUGUUGAAAUUGAUGGGAAAAGCUUCACUUUCUUUAAUUUGGCAGAUCUCAAAGAUGCCAGAUAUGAAAAGUUGCCAUUUUCAAUUCGAGUAUUAUUGGAGUCUGCAGUGAGAAAUUGUGAUGAGUUUCAAGUGCUGAAGAAAGAUGUGGAGAACAUUUUGAACUGGGAGAAAAAUCAGGGACAGAGUGUUGAGAUCCCAUUCAAACCUGCCAGGGUGAUUUUACAAGAUUUCACUGGAGUACCAGCUGUGGUAGAUUUUGCUGCCAUGAGGGAUGCUGUGAAGAGACUGGGGGGAAAUCCAGAGAAAAUAAACCCCAUCUGUCCAGCAGACCUCGUGAUAGACCACUCGAUUCAGGUGGACGUGUCAAGGAGUAUAUUGAAAUAUUCUCCCAACCCUGGAGGAGGUCAAAGUUCAGGGGCUCAGGGGUCACAGAGGUCAACCUGCAACCUGUGUCAUGACCCUCGGUCUCCCAUCUCCGAUUACAUUUGUCCUUUUCACAAGCAGAAGACACAGGGUGCUGAUGCUUUAGAACAAAAUCAGGAGCUGGAAUUUGAGAGAAAUAGAGAAAGAUUUGUUUUUCUAAAGUGGGGAGCCUCUGCUCUGAAGAACAUGUUGAUAGUUCCCCCAGGGUCAGGCAUCGUCCAUCAGGUGAAUCUUGAGUACCUGGCCCGGGUCGUCUUCAAUGAGGGUGGUCUCUUGUACCCAGACAGUCUCGUGGGGACAGACUCCCACACCACCAUGAUCAACGGACUAGGGGUUGUAGGCUGGGGUGUUGGAGGUAUUGAAGCAGAAGCUGUUAUGCUGGGUCAGGCUAUCAGUAUGGUGUUACCUGAGGUUGUGGGGUAUAAACUGACAGGCAAGGUGGACCAUCUAGUGACCUCCACAGAUGUCGUCUUGACUGUUACCAAGCACUUGAGACAGAUCGGGGUCGUUGGAAAGUUUGUGGAGUUUUUUGGACCAGGAGUGUCCGAGCUGUCCAUCGCUGACAGAGCCACAAUCUCUAACAUGUGUCCCGAGUACGGCGCCACUGUGGGGUUCUUCCCUGUGGACGAGAAAAGCCUGGAGUACCUCAGACAAACAGGGAGGUCAGAGGAGAGAAUCAAGUUCAUUGAGAAAUUCCUAAGAGAAAUCAAACUGUUUAGAAACUACAGCAAUCCUGAGGAGGAUCCAGUGUUUUCACAGGUGGUAGAGCUGGACCUGAGUACAGUUGUGUCCUGUUGCUCUGGACCCAAACGCCCCCACGACAAGGUCGCUGUGUCCGAGAUGAAGACUGACUUCAAGGCCUGUCUGGAUAACAAGAUAGGAUUCAAGGGUUUUGCAAUACCAGCUGAUAAGCAGGAUACAAAAGUUCCCAUUGUGUUCGACAACAAAGAGUAUGUCCUGUCACAUGGUUCUGUCGUCAUAGCAGCCGUCACCAGCUGUACUAACACCAGUAACCCUAGUGUGAUGCUGGGAGCUGGGAUAUUGGCUAAAAAAGCAGUAGAGGCGGGGCUAAGUGUCAAACCAUACAUCAAAACCAGUCUGUCUCCAGGAAGUGGAGUUGUCACUUACUACCUCAGGGAAAGUGGAGUCACCCCUUACCUAGAAAAGCUAGGGUUUGACAUCGUAGGAUACGGUUGUAUGACGUGCAUUGGUAACAGCGGGCCCCUACCAGAACCUGUGUCAGAAGGCAUAGAAAAGGGUGACCUGGUAGCAUGUGGGGUUCUGUCAGGGAACCGGAAUUUUGAGGGAAGGAUCCAUCCACUCACCAGAGCUAAUUACCUCGCCUCACCACCCCUAGUCAUCGCAUAUGCCCUUGCUGGAACCGUCCUUAUUGACUUUGAAAAAGAUCCACUGGGUACUAAUCCUGAAGGCAAGCCAGUUUAUCUUAGAGAUAUUUGGCCAACAAGAGAGGAAAUCCAGGCAGUGGAAAAAGAAUUUGUUGUCCCUGCGAUGUUCACCGACGUCUACUCAAGAAUCCAGCAAGGAAACAAACGCUGGAACUCGUUAGUAGCACCUGAAGGUAUGCUUUAUCCCUGGGACGAGAAGUCAACAUACAUCAAGUCACCUCCCUUCUUUGAAAACAUGGGUAAGGAAGUCACUAAACCAGAAAGCAUCAAAGAUGCCCACGUUUUACUGAAUUUGGGAGAUUCUGUGACCACAGAUCACAUAUCCCCUGCCGGUAGUAUAGCUAGAAACAGCCCCGCAGCACGUUACCUAGGCAACAGAGGGUUAACCCCUCGUGAAUUUAACUCAUACGGAUCUCGUAGAGGGAAUGAUGCUGUGAUGGCGAGAGGAACCUUUGCCAAUAUUCGUCUAGUCAACAAGUUCAUGAGCAAAGCUGGUCCUAGGACCCGACACAUUCCAUCCGGAGAUGAGAUGGACAUAUUUGAUGCCUCUGAGAGGUAUAAGAAGGAUGGUCGCCAGGUCAUUGUUCUUGCAGGGAAAGAGUAUGGGUCUGGGUCGUCCCGAGACUGGGCAGCCAAGGGACCCUGGAUACUGGGAAUUAAGGCAGUCAUAGCUGAGAGUUAUGAACGAAUCCAUCGUAGUAACCUGGUGGGGAUGGGGAUCAUCCCGUUCCAGUAUUUGGAGGGACAGACCGCUGAGAGCCUGGGGCUGACUGGCACAGAGACCUACUCUGUAGAUAUCCCCGAUAACCUCACGGCAGGUCAAGUGUUAGAGGUCAAGCUGAGUAACGGCAAAACAUUCCAAGUCAAAACGAGGUUCGACACGGAGGUGGAGUUGACCUACUUUAGGCACGGCGGAAUCCUUAACUACAUGAUACGGCGGAUGUUAUGAUAGAGUCUGUGACAGUGCAGUGGUGUACUGCCGGCUAAAUCAGGAAUAAGGAAGUAAUUCAUGACGUGGACAUGGAAUUAAGGAGUUGAUUGCAUUGAUAAUUUGCAUGAAUAAUUGUGAUUGGUUAAUUUUUGUGGGGGAAAAAGUGCUAGUUAAGUGAGAUUUUUUGUAAGGUAAUUGAUUCAAUGGAGAACUUAUGCUCAAUCAUUGUAAGAUUUUGUUAUGAUUUUUUUUUUCUUUUUAAUAUUUUGGGAAGUAAUGGGAAUUUAAUGAUAUUACAUGUAGUUAUGGAUUUUUUUUUCCUUUAAAAAUAUUUUUCUCUGGAAUAUUUUUUUUUCUAUGGGCAUCAUGAACAUUUUUAGUUGCAAUAACCUAAGUGGAUGUUUAUGUAUGGUUUUUUUUUUUAAAUAUUGGUAAUGAAGGUUUCAGAUGGUAUUUGAAUAAUAUUUGAAAUUUUAGUCUUCACCAAUACUUUGUAUUGGUAACUUAUAUACAUGUAUCUGCCUGUUAUGGAUAAUUAAAUAAAGUUAUGUACAUCCUCUCUGCUCUCACCCUUACUAUGAUACUAAACAGUAUUUUUGAUUUCUUAAAUUUCCUAUCCAUUUAUCUGUAAUAUUCUUCUCAAAAUUUGAGAUCUUUUGUAUAAUUACAUAUAUGUAGAGGUUUUUUUUUAUAUCUUUAGUUUUAAUAUCUGCCAAAUAAUGCAUUUACAACGUAUAUGCAAUUGUAAAAUAGAUAUUUAUUUUUAAAUUGUCGCAGAGAGGCAUUUAGUUACAGAUUUUUUUCCUAUAGCAACAUCUUUUCCAAAAAAGAUCAGUGCUAUGUU